AUGGAGGACCCCAAGAGCUCCAGCGCUUUCAUCGCGGCCACUGACAUGGAGGCCAGCCUCAGCGGCCAUGGCUCUAUCCGCGCUGAGCCGCCCGAGGAGAUCAAGCGCGACCUGAGUUCUCGACACAUCAACAUGAUUGCCAUUGCUGGUCUCUUCCUUGGGUCUGGCAAGGUGCUUUCCAUCGCUGGUCCCGCUGGCGCUCUUCUCGCCUACACCUUCAUGGGUCUUGUCACGCUCGGAGUCUCCUAUACCACUGGCGAGAUCACCACUUUUAUGCCCAAGACUGGCGGUUUCGUCCGUCACGCGACGCACUUUGUUGAGCCCGCGCUCGGAGCCGCUGUCGGCUGGAACUUCUGGUACACGAUGGCAAUUGUGGUCCCGACAGACAUGAGCGCAGCAGCAACCAUCAUCCAGUUCUGGAACACAUCUGUCCAUCCGGCCGUGUGGAUCACCAUCUUUUCGGUCUGCAUCGUCGUCCUCAACUUCCUGGGUGUCAGGCUUUAUGGAGAGUCCGAAGUCAUCUUUGCCUCCCUAAAAAUCAUGCUUAUCAUUGCCCUGAUUAUCGGUGGGCUCGUUAUCGACCUCGGCGGCGGUCCUGAUGGAAAACGCAUCGGAUUCGCCUACUGGGAGAACCCGGGCGCCUUCAACGAAUACAUCAUGACGGGAUCCGCCGGACGCUUCCUGGCCUUUUGGAAGGUCUUGCUCACCGCUGCCUUCAGCUUUGGAAAUGUUCAAAUCGUCGCCAUCUCCGGUUCCGAGACACGCAACCCCCGCAAGAUUAUCCCGGCCGCAACUCGCAAGACCUUUCUGCGCGUCUUUCUCUUCUAUUUCCUCAGCAUCCUCAUUGUUGGCAUGAUCGUUAAAUACAAUGACCCCUCGCUCUCUUUGUCAACUGGCAACGCAGCCCAGUCACCAUUUGUCAUUGCCUUUGAGCGCGCCGGCGUAUCUGUCCUCCCCUCCAUUAUCAAUGGCGUAGUCUGCACCUCAGCCAUCAGUGCUGGGUCGGCCUGUAUCUUUUUCGCUUCGCGCACACUCUACGGACUCAGCCGCGACGGCCACGCCCCAGCCUUCCUCCAGAAGUGCAACCGAUAUGGUACACCUCACUAUGCGGUGGGAAUGACCUGCCUCCUCCUCCCGCUUGUCUACCUCAACGUCGGCAAUGACUCAUCCGUCGUCUUUGGAUGGUUCGUCAACAUCACGACCGUGUCAGGCCUGAUUGGCUGGGUUGUCAUUCAAGUCACGUACCUCCGCUUCUACGCCGGACUGAAAGCACAGGGUUACUCGCGAGAUCAACUUCCGUAUCGCAGCCCUGGUCAGCCAUAUGUCGCAUGGGCCACGCUGAUUGCCAACGUCCUAGUCCUACUCACGUCGGGAUUCGACGUCUUUGUCGACGGUAAUUUUACGGCCGCGGGCUUCUUGACCUGCUAUCUUAAUUUGGCUAUCUUUGCCGUGCUCUAUGUGUUCUUCAAGUUCUGGUACAAGUCAAAGAUCAUCCCACUCGACGUGAUGGAUCUUAAGACUGAGUUUGAGGCUAUUCGGAGGGAGAAGGAGGAAGAGGCCCAGUUGGGCAGCCCGGACGACGGGAAAUUCAAGACCAUUGUCACUAAGAUUCGCAACUGGAUCUAG